CCUUCACGCGUCCCCCCGUCGUUGCUCCCCUCUCGCUCGUUUCGGUCCCUCCCUGCGUUCGUCGCGCUGUUCCUUAUCCGCCCGUUGCUCCUCUUUCCUCGGCCCAUUCAUCCUUCUCGGUCCACCUUUCCGUCUUUUUCCGUUCGACCGUUUCUCCGCGCGCGCGUUCCUCUCGCCGCGAGUCUCUCCGUCCUCGUCGUACGGCCUACAGCUACCUGGCCGUGUUACGGCGGGGUUCCGGAUACGCGCGUCGACUUCGUCAACGUUGUCGUGCGGUACGUUCUACCAGGAAUUCCAGUGCCACGUCUCGAGUAGCAGCGGUCGGUCGGUUUGGGUCGGACGGCCGGACUAACGAACCGAGCAACCGACGAUCCUUCGUUCGUGCAACGUCGCGACCAGUGUCCAAGUAAUCGAUCCAAAAAGAAACGAAAAUCGAGAGGAGGCCGCGCGUAGGAAUACGGUAUAAGAGACAGGGGUGGAAAAGUGAGUUCGGUUGUAAGGACGAAACUGGGUCUUCCGUCGACUCCAAGUGCCAUAUAUGUAAUUAAACCUUCCAUUAAGCUAAGUCUACCGUGUAGCGAGUGUCUGGGACAAAAGUUACGCGAACGUUUAAAGUGUUCCCGUGCUCGUUUACCGAGCCAACGAGAUCGUUAACGUACCAUCCCACCGUGGCUUCCGCGAAACAAGGGAGGCACCGUGAUCGUAGGAAACGAGCGUCUUUCACUGGUGGACAUCGGUGUGGAGAGAAGAACGAGACGCGAAGGGAAACAGUGUGCUCGGUUUCGCGUGUUGUGCCCGUGGCGUAUAUCCUGGCGAAGGAAAAGAGAACGAGAGAAAGAGGCUGGUGAAACGGGAACCGGGGGUUGUUCGUGUUUGCUUCGAAAGGGGGAACCGAGAUCUAGUAGGAGAAGACAGAGAGCGGAGAGCUGAAAGCCCGAUGAACGGGAAAGACAUCGCGUGGUUAUCGUUGGCUGGUUUCGAGAGAACCUAAGGAAGACUCGUAGCCGAGAGUUUGACCGGUUAACGAGAUGUCCACGCAGGCUUAUUACAAGGAGAGGCUCGGUUUCGAUCCGGCCGAUACCGUGGCGGAGCACCAUCGUGAGCAGAAAUCGCAGGACGGAUACGAGGAGUCUCUUUCCAAGUUCAAAGACGAACGAGACGCGAUCCAAAAGAAAACAUUUACCAAAUGGGUGAACAAGCAUCUGAAAAAGACUUACACGUGUCUGCACGUGUGCGUCCUUGUGAACAACCAGCCAUGCUGUUCCCCCACUGCUAGCAGACAUGUCGGAGAUUUGUUCGAAGACCUGCGGGACGGGCACAACCUCAUUUCCUUGCUGGAGGUUCUCUCGGGCGAGCAUCUCCCGCGGGAGAGAGGUCGAAUGCGUUUCCACAUGCUGCAGAACGUACAGAUGGCCCUUGACUUUCUGCGUUACAAGAAAAUCAAACUCGUCAAUAUCCGUGCGGAAGACAUCGUGGAUGGAAAUCCGAAGCUGACCCUAGGUUUGAUAUGGACCAUCAUACUACACUUCCAGAUAUCCGAUAUUGUAGUGGGUCAGGAACCUAACGUGACUGCCCGAGAAGCGCUUCUAAGAUGGGCCCGACGAUCGACGGCGCGUUAUCCUGGAGUACGCGUCACGGACUUCACCGGUUCGUGGAGGGACGGGCUAGCUUUCAGUGCAUUGAUCCAUCGAAACAGACCAGAUCUGGUCGAUUGGAGAGGUGCUCGUGCCAGUCAGCCACGAGAGCGGCUCGAUCGGGUCUUCCACGUCGCGGAGCGCGAGUAUGGCGUUACGAGGCUUCUCGAUCCUGAAGACGUAGAUACUCCUGAACCGGACGAGAAGUCCUUGAUAACGUACAUCUCUUCGCUCUACGACGUGUUCCCGGAGCCGCCAACCAUUCAUCCGUUGUACGAUGCCGAGGCCCAAAGGCGUUCGGAGGAGUACAGAGAGCUGGCCAGUUCCCUCCACGUAUGGAUCCGCGAGAAGAUGUGCCUGAUGCAGGAACGUGCCUUCCCGCUCACCCUGAUCGAAAUGAAGAAACUGGCGGCCGACAGCACGAAAUUUAAGAACGAGGAAGUACCGCCUCGAUACAGGGACAAGCAACGACUCUCUUACCUCUUCAAGGACCUCGAAAAGUAUUUCGAAGCGGUCGGUGAGGUGGACAUUGAGCCCGAAUUACAUAUCCAAGUAAUCGAGAAGAAUUGGAACCGACUGAUCAUGCUGCAUCAGGAAAGAGAGCAGGCCAUCAUCGACGAAAUUAAACGACUCGAACGACUGCAACGACUGGCAGAGAAAGUGCACAGAGAGAUGAAGGCGACCGACAGUCGACUGGAGGAGCUCGAGAGACGAGUGGAGGACGAAGCGAGGCGUCUCGAUCGCCUUCAUCCUCUGGAAGCCAAACACGCGGUGGAUCUCUUGGAGCAGGACAUCCGUAACACAGAGAUCCAGAUACAGAAUAUAUUUACCGACGUGCACACUCUUACCGAGGGCCGAUAUAGUCAGGCGGCCGAACUUCACAAAAGAGUUCAGAAGCUACAUCAACGGUGGGUCGCCCUGCGAUCUCUUCUUCACAAUCGUUUGGUACAUCCGCUGUCGGCCGUGUCUUUCCCGGUAGAGGAACGCGUCGUCACCAAACAUCGUACUACCGUCCAUGAAACCCGAUUGGUCGACACCAAUCCACAUUUCCGCGCGUUACACGACUGCAUCGAUUGGUGCAAAUCGAAGAUCAAGCAGCUCCAGGACGCGGACUAUGGCUCCGAUUUGCCUAGCGUGCAGAAGGAACUGGACGUUCACCAAAGAGAGCACAAGAACAUCGAGCAAUUCCAUCCUAAAGUGGACAGAUGCGUGCAAGCCAAGAGUCACUUCCAUGGCGAGGAAUUGACACUGUAUAGCCAGCAUCUGUCUGUUCUUCAGAAACUUUACACCGAAUUAUUCGCGGCCUCGAAUAAGAGACUUUCCGAUUUGGAUACGUUACACGACUUUAUACAAUCGGCGACUGGCGAACUGCUUUGGCUGAGUUCUAAGGAGGAGACAGAGGUGACGCGCGAUUGGAGCGACAAGAAUUUGAACGUACAGAGUAUCGAGCAGUAUUACGAGUCCCUCAUGAGCGACCUAGAAAAGCGAGAGAUUCAAUUCUCUGCGGUGCAAGACCGAGGCGAGGCUUUGGUUCUCCAACAUCAUCCCGCUGCAAAGACUAUCGAAGCUCACAUGUCCGCCAUGCAAAGCCAAUGGGCCUGGCUUCUUCAAUUAACUCUUUGUCUAGAAGUUCACCUGAAACACGCAGCUCAGAGCCAGCAAUUCUUCCGAGGCAUUCAACAAGCGGAGCAAUGGAUCUCGAACAGAGACGAGACACUCAACACCAUUUAUUCUCAAUCAGAUUUCUCCUUGGACGAGGGCGAACGUCUGUUGAAGGGAAUGCAAGAAUUGCGCGAAGAAUUAAAUAGUUACGGCGAUCACGUGCAGAAGCUCGUUGAGCAAGCCAAGGACGUGGUUCCCAUGAAGCAACGCAGACAGCCCGUGACACGGCCCAUGCAAGUUACUUGCGUCUGCAGUUACAAACAAGUCAACAUGUCAAUCGAGAAGGGCGAACAGUGCACGUUAUAUGAUAACUCUGGUAGGAUAAAGUGGCGCGUGAAGAAUCAAGAGGGCGUGGAGACUCCUGUACCAGGCGUUUGUUUCGCCCUUCAGCCACCGGACAAGGAUGCUCUCGAUGCCGCGGAAAGAUUGCGACGACAAUAUGACCGAAGCGUUGCACUGUGGCAACGGAAGCAGCUUCGAUUGCGACAGAACAUGAUUUUCGCGACCAUCAAAGUGGUGAAGGGUUGGGAUCUGCCGCAGUUCUUGGCCAUGGGUCAAGAUCAGAGGACCGCUAUCAGGAAGGCCUUGAACGAGGAUGCCGAGAAGCUUCUAUCCGAAGGUGAUCCUGCCGAUCCGCAAUUGAGACGACUAAAGAGAGAAAUGGCCGAAGUGAACAAGCUGUUCGACGAACUGGAGAAACGUGCCAGAGCCGAGGAAGAGUCGAAGAACGCGGGACGUAUUUUCAACGAGCAGAUCUCUGCCCUUCAACAAUCACUGGAUGAAGCAGAGAGGGUUUUGAACUCUCGUAUAGCUGCUCCGUUGCCCAGGGAUAUCGAUAGUUUGGAACACUUGGUUUUGCAACACAAAGACUUCGAGCAAAGUCUCAAGCGCUUAGCGCCAGACAUGGAUAGAGUCCAGCAAACUUUCCGCGGUAUCACUUUGAAGACCCCUGCGAUGAGGAACAAGCUCGAUGCUGUCACCACCAAGUGGACCCACAUCUGGAACGCAAGUAACUUGUACAUCGAGCGGCUCAAGUGUGUCGAGAUCGUACUUUCUAGUCUCGAGGAGAACACGACCGCGAUAUCCGAGUUCGAAGUGAAAUUGGCCUCGUUCGACGAACUGCCCUCGGACCUGAAGGGAUUGCAAUCCGUACGAGAAGACCUACGGGUGCUUCAGAACGCCAUUGCCCAGCAACAGACCGCGAUGGAUCAAUUGAACGAAGACGCGCAUAACGCUAGACGCUUGGUCGAGAAAUCGAGACCGAGUCAUCGUGGUCCUCAUUCGGAUAUGGAUCGUUUAGACGCCGAGGUGAACAGACUGAACGCCAGAUGGACCAAUCUCUGUGGUCAGCUAGUGGACAGACUACGCAGCGCGGAAGCAGCCUAUGGACUAGCUCAACAACUGGAACACGCAUAUCGAAACGAAGUCGACUUCGUGGACGAGUCGUACAGCAAACUCGAGGUCGAAAAUGCGAAGAAUCUAUUGAACAGAGUGGUCGAACGGGCACCAGCGAUCGAAGCGGUAAAUGUGACGGGUGGUCGAUUGAUUCGCGAAGGAAAGCAAGCGGUCGAGGAGAAGUACAAGUUGUGCGACGAAACGUCCUCGAAGUUGCUUCAAUGGAUAUCCGAGGUGGAAGAUAAAUUAGCCAACCAGGACAAUGUGAAAGAAGACGUCGAUGAACUUCGGAAUCAAAUAAAUGCUAUGAAAGAGAUUAAGGAGGAUUUGGAAGCUCACUCGCGUCCAGUUUCCUCUUGUCUCGAUCAGAUUCGUCAGGUAGUUUUGACUGGUAGCAACGUACUGUCCAGCGAGGAAGUGUCUACCCUAGAGAGGAAUGGUCGAUCCUUGAAGACCAGGUUCGACAGAGCCUCCGAUCGUACUGAAAGAAUGGUCAAGCGAUUGAUCGCUGCCAGAGAUGAUUUGGUCAAAUUUAAGAACGAGCUGUCGACAUUCUCCCAUUGGUUGGAUAACGCUAGAAGAGUUCUGGAAGAAAAGGAACAUUCCUUGUCAGAUCUGAAUAGACUAAACAGUAGUACAGAUUCCACGCGAGAUUUUAUCAGCGAUGUCAUAGCACACCAAGCAGACCUCCGAUUCAUUACGAUGGUUGCCCAGAAAUUCGUGGAUGAAAGCAAGGAGUUCCUUCACGUCCUGAACGAGUUCCGAACCAGUUUGCCACAGAGAUUGUCUCAUAAGGAACCCAUAGCCAGUCAGGAUUCCCCUGUACGUGGCGAGGUUUCCCUGGUUACAGCUCAGUACAAAGAUUUACUGUCACGGGCUAAUUUAUUAUCUGACAAGCUGUCUGGUGUUGGUGGAAGGCAAAGGGACCAUCGCGAAUCACUUGAGAAAGCUAAGAAUUGGCUGGAGGAAGUCGAACCAAAGAUCCAUAAAGCUAUUUCAGAAUCGAUUGCAGCUGAGCCUAAGCAAAUAGAAGAUCAGUUGAGCAAGGCGAAAGCAUUGAACAACGAGAUGUUAGCUAAUGAACGGCUGAUUGAAAACGUGAAGAUUACUUUUAAAGCUCUUCUGGUAUCUCUCGAUGGACAAUUAACACCAAAAGAGGAGCUCGAAUUGGGAGAACCGGUUAUAGCUUUGGAAACUAAAUAUAGAGAGCUAACUAGUGCAAUCGUUGAGUAUUGUCAGGAAUUGGACACGGCAUUAGUUCAAAGUCAGGGAGUACAAGAUACGUUGGAUACUUUGGUACUUUGGUUGAACAACUUUGAAAGUCAAUUCAAGAAUAUAGAGAGACCAGUUAGUUUGCAUAAGGAACGUCUGGAAGAACAGCAAAGGGAACAACGUUUACUUCAAGCUGAUUUGGAUAGCCAUCAUUUUACCAUAGAUACAGUAGCAUUCGGUACUCGUAACCUAUCAAUGAAUCCCAGUAAUGCAAGAAUUGCCAAACGUAUAGACGACAAGCUGGAAGAUGUCAUGUCUAGAUAUGAGAAACUGCUGGCUAAAUCUUUGCGGCGGGGUGAAUUCCUUAGUGAAAUCGCUCAAGCCCUUAGUGACUUUUUGGUCGAAGCCACUAAGUUCGACAGCUGGUAUGCACACAUGAUCGAAUCAUUAGAAUCAAGAGAUUUGAGUAAACUUGACGUUGCCGAGUAUGAAACCAAAAUGACCAAUUUGGUGGACAAACGUGAAAAUCAACGUGCCAAUUUCGAAAACUUGAUUCGUAAUGGAAAGAGCUUGAUCUCGAAGAAAGAUGUCACAGAUGUCGCUCCUAUUAGAGAUAAGAUCAAGGCGUUAGAAUCACAAUGGAAAGAAGUGAAUAAUUUGAUCGAUGAGAAACAACGACUCAGUCAAUCUAGAGCUAAACAACUGUCUGCUUAUGAAAAAUUACGCGAUCAAGUAAUUGAUUGGCUAACGCGCACUGAGAGCAAAGUACAAGGUCUCGAGCCUGUAGCUGUCGACUUGGAGAAACUGAAAAAGCAAGCUGACGAAUUGAAACCAAUACAAAAAGAGUAUCGUGAUUACGGCAAUACCGUUGAUAAAGUGAACGACCUUGGAAUAGCUUACGAUGGCUUGCUAAAAGAACGUACAGAAAGUCCAACUCGUCGUCGCGGCAGUACCAGUCCGACUAAGAGACCAGUACGACGAAUGUCACAAGACGGUCGCUCACCAUCUCCUGCUAAAUUGUAUGCUGCUCAAAGUCCGGUCUCUCCAGGUGGUAGCAGCGGCUUCAGCAGCCGACGCUCCAGCCAAGAUGGUUUCCACCUGGAAGACUUGUCACCAGUUCAGCAACAGCUUUCAGAGAUCAAUAAUAGAUACGGACUAUUGGGCGUACGUUUAACUGAUCGUCAAACAGAACUGGAUAGUGUCAAGGAUGAAUUAAGAAGACAUAUGGAUAAUUUGAAGACACUCUCUUUGUUCCUGGAGAAGAUUCAACGACAGAUUCCGAAAGAGACUAUGCCAAAUACGAAAGAAGAAGCAGAUAAGACGGCGAAACAAAUCAAGGUUGUGAUUGAAGAAAUGUAUGAGAAACAAUCCUUACUUGACACCACUAGAACACAAGUACGUGAUUUGGUUAGACGUAAAAAGGGAGCAGAUGGUGUAGAUAGAUUGAACGACGAAAUGGAAGACGUAAUUAGUCGAUGGAGAUCGUUUAGCGAACGUUGCAAGGAUAGAAUAAAGUUCCUGGAUGAUGUGAAAGACUUCUGCGAUACAUCAGAGGGGCUUGCGUCAUGGCUAGGUUCGAAAGAAAGAAUGUUGAGUGCGUUGGGUCCAAUUUCAGCGGAUCCUAGAAUGGUUGCCAGUCAAGUGCAACAGGUUCAAGUUUUGAGAGAAGAAUUCCGCACUCAACAACCCCAAUUGGACCACUUGAUUCAAGUUGGAGAGAGUAUCUUAGGAGUAAUAGGACGUGAUUCACCUGAUGGGCAAAGAACUAGUGCCAAAUAUCUUUCUAUUUUAGAUAAGUGGUCUGAUCAAUUAGCUCGUUUAGAUGAGAGAGCACAAAGUUUGGGCGAUGCGGUUGACACCAGUCGGGAAUUCGAUGCAAGUGUAAAUCGUUUACGCGAUGCUUUGCAAGCAAUCUCGGACAAUCUCGAUGAAUUGACCCUUGAAAAGGAUCCUGAAGAUCAAUUGCGCAAGAUAGAAAACCUGGAAAGGCAAUUGGAAGGACAAAGACCUUUAUUAGCUGAUGCCGAAGCAGCUGCAGAUCAAUUGUGCGAGGUUUUGAGCGAUCCUGCUUCUAAAUCUGAGAUCCAUGGCAAACUAAACGUAGUUGGAAAGUUGUAUCAUAAUUUACAGAGGAAAUUAGAUCAUAAGAAAGCCGAGAUAGAGGGCAAUUUGCGAGAUGGACGGCAGUUCGAAGCAUCUUGUACUAAGACAUUGGGUUGGCUUGCUGACGAACUUGGAAAUAUGUCCGAGAAGUUGCUGGUAUCCGCUGAUAGAGAUAUUUUGCAACAACAACUGGAUCAUCAUGAGCCAAUAUAUAGAAACGUAAUGGGUAAAGAACACGAAGUCAUCAUGCUGUUGAAUAAGGGACGAGAUAUGAUAACACGAUCACAAAAGAUUGAGAAUCGAUCUCUUCAACGUGAUUUGGAUAAAAUGCAAUCACAGUGGGAUCGUCUAAAGAAAGAUAUGCUCGAUAGACACACCAAACUGCAGACUUGUGCAGAACAUUGCAAAAAGUAUUACAAAGCCCAAGACGCAUUCCUACCAUGGCUCCGACAAGCUGAAGACAGGCUGGAAUGUUUGAAACCGGCUUCCUUCAAACGUAAGGAUAUUGAGAAACAAUUGAAAGAAUUAUCUUCGUUCAGGAACGAGGUCUGGAAACACUCGGGAGAAUUUGAGAAUAACAAGACGCUUGGUGAGACCUUCCUCGGAGCUUGUGAUAUUGAUAAACAGAACGUAAAGAACGAGCUUGGUGCUAUGAAAACCAGAUGGGACAAGUUGAAUAAUGAUUUAAUAGCAAGAACUCAGUCUUUGGAAGACACUGCAAGACAUUUGAUGGACUUUAAUGAAAAUCUGCGAGAAUUGCGACACGGCUUGCAGCGGUGCGAGGACAAAUUGGCAUCUCACCACGCUCUUGGUGGAGCUGCUAAAGACCCGAAGCUUCUCGAUAGGAUAAAGAGUUUACGAGAAGAAACGGCGAACCUAAAGAAACCUCUUCAAUGCGUAAAACAACAGGCCAAUGAUUUGGUGAAUACAGCUGGCGAACAAGGAGUAGAUGCAACGCAUUUGCAAGAUGAAGUAGAUAAUCUAACGGAUCGAAUCAAUGACCUGCAAGCAAAAUUGGACGAUAGAUGUAACGAACUACAAAGUGCAGCUACUGCAGUUGCACAAUUCAACGAUCAUGUCAAAACUAUUGGUCAACAAAUCUCCAGUCUUGAAAGGGAAUUAGACUCUAUGAGGGCACCUGGCAGAGAGAUUAAGAUCGUACGAUCGCAAAUAGAAGAAACAAGUAAAGUGAUGACUAAAGUAAAUCGACUCUAUGAGGAAGUUUCCAACUUGGACAAUCUUGGAGAACGUCUGAUUGAUUAUGGUUUUGCGGCUGACGCUGUGGCAACUAGAGAACAGGUCGCUGGACUGAAACGACAGGUUGGAAAGCUUGAUGACCGAUCGAGAGAUCGUCAUGAUGAACUUACAUCUACUCUGGACAAAUUGCAAGAGUUCUAUCAAGCGCACACCAGUGUUAUGAGUGAAAUUGAUGAAGCUAAUAGUCAUGUUAGGAAGUUUAAACCAGUGGGAUCGGAAGUUGAAUCUAUAAAAGCGCAACAAGAAGAUUUUAGGCUACUGAAAUUGAAUAAGAUAGAACCACUAGCUCGUGCUGUUGAAGAUUGCAACUUACUUGGUCAGUCAUUAAUUCAAACUGCCGGUCGUGACGUUAACACCGGAAAUAUUGAGAAGGAUGUUGAUAAAAUGAACGAGAGAUGGAACGAUCUGAAGGAUAGAUUGAAUGAGCGAGAUCGAAGGUUAGAUGUAGGACUUCUUCAAUCUGGAAAGUUCCAGGAGGCUCUAGAGGGUCUCCAGAAAUGGCUGACGGAUACGGAGGAAAUGGUAUCCAAUCAGAAGUCUCCAUCAUCGGACUAUAAGGUAGUCAAGGCACAAUUACAAGAACAGAAAUUCCUGAAAAAGAUGUUGAUGGACCGACAGAAUUCGAUGUCAUCUUUGUACAAUAUGGGCCAAGAAGUGGCGGCUGGAGCAGAUCCUAAGGAACGAAAAAUGAUUGAAAGACAACUAAAGGAGCUAGUGGGAAGAUUUGAUAAUCUGACUGAAAGUGCUGCUGAAAGAAUGGAAGCUCUCGAACAAGCUAUGGGAGUGGCGAAACUAUUCCAAGAUAAGCUGGUACCACUUGCAAUUUGGUUAGACAAGACUGAGAAACGCGUUAGAGACAUGGAACUGGUUCCAACAGACGAAGAGAAGAUUCAACAGCGUGUUACAGAACAUGAUGCCCUACACGAAGACAUUCUAUCCAGGAAACCCGAUUUCAGUGAACUUACGGAGAUUGCUAGUCAAUUGAUGGCUCUAGUAGGCGAAGAUGAAGCUGCUACAUUGGCUGACAAACUACAAGACGCAGCUGAAAGAUACGCUGCUUUGGUUGAACGAUCAGAAGCACUUGGUAGCUUGCUUCAACGAUCGAGACAGGGCUUACGUCAUCUAGUCCUCAGUUACCAAGAACUUCAAGCAUGGAUGGAGGGCAUGGAGAUCAGAUUGUCCAAGUAUAGAGUCCUAGCAGUGCAUACAGAAAAGCUUCUCCAACAAAUGGAAGAUCUCGCUGACUUAACAGAAGAAGUUUCAACUCGGCAGACAGAAGUAGACAGUACUACUGAUGCUGGGUUGGAAUUGAUGAAGCAUAUCUCAAGCGACGAAGCGCUACAGCUAAAAGACAAACUCGAUUCCUUGCAACGACGUUUCAAUGAUUUGGUUAGUCGAGGUUCUGAUUUACUGAAACAUGCACAAGAGUCUUUGCCACUGGUUCAACAGUUCCACGAUAACCACAACCGUCUAAUGGAUUGGAUGCAGGCCGCGGAAUCGGCUUUGCAAUCGGCUGAACCUCGCGAAGACGAAAUUGUUCGAUUGGAAAUGGAGAUAUCAGAAUACAGGCCGGUUCUAGACAAAAUCAACGCUGUUGGACCACAGUUGUCUCAACUAUCACCAGGCGAAGGCGCUGCAACUAUCGAAGGUCUAGUCACUAGGGACAAUAGAAGAUUCGAUGCCAUUGCUGAACAAAUUCAACGAAAGGCAGAAAGAAUUCAACUGAGCAAACAACGCUCACUGGAGGUGAUUGGAGACAUCGACGAUCUAUUAGAAUGGUUCCGUGAAGUGGACACUCAAUUACGAGAAGCGGAACCACCGAGCAGUGAACCGGAAAUCAUCAGGGUACAGUUGAAGGAGCAUAAAGCAUUGAACGAUGACAUAUCCAGUCAGAAGGGACGCGUCAGAGACGUGAUAUCCACAGCAAAGAAGGUGAUUCGCGAGAAUGGCCAACACGAAGACACAUCGACGAUCAGAGAAAAGAUGGAAGACCUACGAGAAACGAUGGAGAUCGUUUCCGGCCUCUCAGCGGAUAGACUCGGCGCACUGGAACAAGCUUUGCCAUUGGCUGAACAUCUACGCGAUACGCACGUUGGUUUAGUCAGUUGGCUAGAAGAAGCAGAACAACAAGUCGCAAUGCUUCCUAUGCCCGCAUUAAGACCUGACCUAAUAGCCGUCCAACAAGAUAAGAACGAACUUCUCAUGCAGAGCAUCAAUGAGCACAAACCUCUGGUAGAAAAACUGAACAAGACUGGUGAAGCUUUACUCAAACUCUGCAACGAGGAAGAAGGUAUCAAGAUACAAGACAUCCUUGAAGCAGACACUGCUCGAUACACCGCCCUUAGAGCAGAACUCCGAAGUCGACAGCAGACCCUCGAGCAAGCACUCCAAGAAUCCUCCCAGUUCUCCGACAAAUUGGAGGGAAUGCUGCGUGCUCUUUCAUCCACUGCCGAUCAAGUCAAUGACGCCGAACCGGUCAGCGCCCAUCCUGGUCGUUUGAGGGAUCAGAUGGAAGAGAACUCUGCCUUGGUCGAUGAAUUGGCUCAGAGAUCCGAAGCCUACGCAGCUGUGAAGAGGGCUGCCGAUGACGUGAUCAGUAAAGCGGGUAACAGAGCUGAUCCAGCCGUGAAAGACAUUAAACGAAAAUUAGACAAACUGAACAAACUAUGGAGCGACGUGCAAAAAUCGACCACCGACCGAAGCCACACGCUCGACGAUGCUUUGACGAUCGCCGAGAAAUUCUGGUCCGAAUUGAAUGGCGUGAUGACGACUUUGCGAGAGCUUCAAGAUGCUCUUGCAGGUCAGGCACCGCCAGCGGCACAACCUGCUGCCAUUCAGCAGCAACAAGUUGCGCUGCAGGAGAUCAGGCACGAGAUCGAUCAGACAAAACCGGACGUCGAGCAGGUUCGUGCUUCCGGACACGAGUUGAUGGGUCUUUGCGGUGAACCGGACAAACCAGAAGUUAGGAAGCAUAUCGAGGAUUUGGAUCAAGCUUGGGACAACGUGACUGCUCUGUACGCCAGACGGGAGGAGAACCUGAUCGACGCUAUGGAGAAGGCCAUGGAGUUCCACGAGACCUUGCAGAAUCUCCUGGAGUUCUUGCAAGAAGCUGAGGAGAAGUUCGCUCGCAUGGGACCGCUAGGCAGCGACAUCGACGAAGUUAAGAAACAGAUCAAACAAUUGGCCAAUUUCAAAGCAGAAGUAGAUCCUCACAUGGUCAAGGUCGAAGCUCUGAACAGGAGUCUGACAAGGCAAGCUGCUGAACUGACGGAGAGAACAUCGUCUGAGCAAGCAGCUGCUAUCAAGGAACCGCUUGGUGCCGUGAACAAACGAUGGGACGGACUACUCCGAGGUCUCGUGGAGAGACAGAGGCUAUUGGAGAACGCGUUACUGCGUCUAGGGCAAUUCCAACACGCUCUAGAUGAGCUGCUAGUAUGGAUCGAGAAGACAGACGACACCCUGGACAACUUGAAAGCCGUGGCCGGUGAUCCUCAAGUAAUCGAAGUGGAACUAGCCAAACUGAAAGUACUUGUAAACGAUAUUCAAGCCCAUCAAACGAGCGUAGACACUUUGAACGAUGCUGGAAGACAGUUGAUCGAGGAUGGAAAAGGUACAGCCGAAGCUUCGACAACUGCAGAGAAAUUGGGUACCUUGAAUCGUCGUUGGCGCGAUUUGUUGCAACGCGCUGCUGAUCGUCAGAGAGAACUGGAAGAUGCGCUCAGGGAAGCGCAGUCCUUCACUGCAGAGAUUCAGGAUCUCCUGUCUUGGCUUGGAGACGUAGACAAUACCAUAGUAGCGUCGAAACCGGUAGGAGGAUUGCCAGAAACAGCUUCGGAACAGCUAGAACGCUUCAUGGAAGUGUACAACGAACUGGAACAGAAUCGUCCAAAGGUCGAGACGGUUCUUCAGCAAGGACAGGAGUACUUGAAACGCGCCGAUUCUAGCAGUGCUGGUGGAUUGAAUCACAAUCUGAGAACUUUGAAACAAAGAUGGGAUAACGUGACUGCUCGCGCUAGUGACAAGAAGAUCAAGCUCGAAAUUGCCCUGAAAGAGGCUACAGAGUUCCACGAUGCACUCCAAGCGUUCGUCGACUGGUUAACUAACGCGGAAAAGAUUCUAACGAAUUUGAAACCUGUGUCGAGGGUAAUGGAAACUAUCCUCGGCCAAAUAGAGGAACACAAAGCAUUCCAGAAGGAUGUUGGAGUUCAUCGUGAAACUAUGCUGAACCUCGAUAAGAAGGGCACGCAUUUAAAAUACUUCUCGCAGAAACAGGAUGUGAUUCUAAUCAAAAACUUGCUGAUAAGCGUGCAACAUAGGUGGGAACGGGUAGUCUCGAAAUCUGCAGAGAGAACAAGGGCUCUAGACCAUGGAUACAAAGAAGCCAGAGAAUUCCACGAUGCUUGGUCCAAUUUGAUGAACUGGCUCGACGAAACGGAGAGAACUUUGGACGAGGUUGCUGGAGACGGUGGCCUCGGAGGAAAUGACCCAGAGAAGAUCAAGGCUAGACUCAACAAACAUCGCGAGUUGCAGAAGGCUCUCAGUGCUAAACAAGGCACUUAUGACACCACCAUGAAGAAUGGAAAAUUAUUGAAGGACAAAGCGCCAAAGAGCGACGAAUCUGCUCUAAAAGAACUGCUAAACGAAUUGAAGAACAAAUGGACCACUGUCUGUGGCAAGUGCGUGGACAGGCAAAGGAAGCUCGAAGAAGCUUUGUUGUUCUCUGGACAAUUCAAGGACGCUAUUCAGGCAUUAUUGGAAUGGCUCAGCAAAUCUGAGAAGCAGCUGGCAAAUACUGGACCCCUUCACGGCGAUCUUGACACCGUGAUGAAUUUGGUUGAACAACAUAAGACCUUUGAAAAAGAUCUCGAAUCCAGAGCCUCUCAGAUGGAGUCUGUGAUGAAAACAGGUCGGGAACUUCUUGGUAAAUCGCCACCUGAUGAUGCCUCUGCUAUUGGAUCGCAGCUUGCUGAAUUGAAUAAUCUUUGGGACACCGUGACUAGACUAUCCUCUGACAAGACUGAACGACUCGAAGAAGCCCUCAAAGAAGCUGAACGUCUGCAUAAGGCAGUUCACGUGCUUCUGGAGUGGCUAAGCGACGCUGAGAUGAAACUAAGAUUCGCUGGACAGUUACCGGAAGAUGAACAGGAGAGCAGAAAUCAGCUGAUGGAGCACGAAAAGUUCUUACGUGAAUUACGCACUAAGGAAGUCGAGAAAGAUCAGACCUUAGAAUUGGCUCACACGAUUCUUGCGAAGGCACACCCUGAUGGAGCUCUAGUUAUCAAACAUUGGAUCACGAUCAUUCAAUCGAGAUGGGAGGAGGUUGCCACCUGGGCGCAGCAGAGGAAUCAAAGACUGGAAAAUCAUAUGCAAGGACUUCAGGAUCUUGAUAACCUCCUGGAGGAGUUGUUGUCGUGGUUAGAAGGAUUGGAGAACACUCUGAACGCCCUAGAGGCUGAACCACUGCCAGAUGACAAAGCUACGCUGGAAAUGCUGAUCGCGGACCACAGAGAAUUUAUGGAGAACACCAGUCGCAGACAGAACGAAGUCGAUCGCGUUUGCAAAGCCAGACAGAUCAAACCCGUAAAGGACACGAAGAAGAUAUCGAAGGCUAAGUCGCCUGCACCAACCCGAGCCAGCCCAGGCCGUGAGAGAACACCCGAUUCAUUGCCGCACAUCGGCCCACGGUUCCCACCUAAAGGAAGCAAAGGCGCCGAGCCGGAGUUCCGUAGCCCGAGGGUAAAACUCCUGUGGGACAGGUGGAGACAUGUCUGGAUGUUGGCAUGGGAACGUCAACGUCGCCUGCAGGAUAAGUAUAAUUACAUUCAGGAAUUGGACCGUGUUGCGAACUUCAGCUGGGAGGAUUGGCGUAAGAGGUUCCUGAAGUUCAUGAACCACAAGAAAUCUAGGCUGACGGAUCUCUUCAGGAAGAUGGACAAGAACAACGACGGCUUGAUCCCUCGCGAGGACUUCAUUCAAGGAAUCAUGAACACCAAAUUCGAGACAUCACGAUUGGAAAUGGGAGCAGUCGCAGACUUGUUCGACCGCCAUGGCGAAGGACUGAUAGACUGGAAGGAGUUCAUCGCAGCUUUGAGACCAGACUGGGAGGAACGUAGGACGUACAAUGACACUGACAAGAUCCACGACGAAGUGAAACGAUUGGUCAUGCUCUGUACUUGUCGCCAGAAAUUCCGUGUGUUCCAAGUUGGCGAAGGGAAAUACAGGUUUGGCGACAGUCAAAAAUUACGAUUAGUACGAAUUCUGCGAUCGACCGUGAUGGUACGAGUCGGUGGCGGAUGGGUAGCCUUGGACGAAUUUCUAUUAAAAAAUGAUCCUUGCCGCGCCAAGGGAAGAACGAAUAUCGAGCUGCGAGAGCAAUUCAUAUUGGCGGACGGCGUCAGCCAGACUAUGACUGCGUUCAGAUCGAAGCCGAGCCCGACCUCGACGCUGCAGCGUACGCAAAUCUCAUCCGCGAAUGCCGGACCCAUCACCAAGGUGAGGGAACGCAGCGCGCGAAGUGUUCCUAUGGGACAAUCGCGAGCAUCGCGCUCCUCGCUGAGCGCUGGCACGCCGGACAGCCUCAGCGACAACGAGAGUUCCUUCAAGAUUGGCUCCGCCAGGAAGACGAGUACUCCUUACAGAAGCACUAUGACACCAGGUGGUAGUCGACCAUCGAGUAGACCAACUUCGAGACCGACAUCUAGACCAACCAGCAGACCUGGGAGUAGACCCGCCUCCAGACAAGGAAGCAAACCACCGAGUCGCUAUGGCUCCACGCAGUCGUUAGAUAGCACUGACGAUUCGACCAAUUUGAGCCGUAUUCCACGCAGAACAGCGGUGAGCACGACGGGAAAUACUCCCACCUCCAGCAGGCAUAAUAGCGUUUCAGGAAAGCGACUGGGAACGCCUGUGAACGGAUCAAGUUCCCGACCCCGAACACCUACAGGCCUGGUUAGUCCUGCCAGUGGUGUUCCAGCGAGGUUUGGCACAAUCCAUAGAGCUUCGAGCAUUCCAACCCUGACUGGUGUCGGCACACCGAUCAGCCGCUCAAGGAUUCCCGUGUAUGUGGGCACGGAUAUAAAAUCCCCACAAUCAACGACCAGCAAUAUUUCCACUCAUUCUACGCAAAGCAACCACUCGACUGUUUCUACCGAUUCUACCGGGAGCAGCUCGAUGUAUACAAAUUCAGCAACUAACACUUCGUCGGCCGUUAAACAAGCUAGAACAAGGACACCAUCCAGCGGAUCGAGCACACCACUGCCGCCAUCUCUGAAGCUAUCCAGGAAACCUUCAGGCGCCUCGGACACGUCCGUAUCUACGACACCGGCCAGCCAGCGAAAAGGCAAACCUACACCGAUCGAUCAACGAGCGCCAUUCCGAUUGUAGUCACCGAACGUGUCAUCGUAGUCACUGAAAGGCCAAACACUUCUCGAAACCGUGACCGUCGGCGAUCAAAUCGACGACCCGUCGACACUUAGGAUAUUCUAAUAUAUAAUAACGAUUCAAGCACGGGGCCGCCAUCCGAGAGAGUUGCCCAUGUCGUUGCUAGCUUUCCCGCUGCUUCGGAUAAUUAAUGCGAUUGUUCGUUUCAUGGCUAGUAAUGGUCGUUGCAUCGAGGCUGCUUCUCUCGGGGUCGACCGAAUCGAGUGAAAGAGCUUAACACUAUCGAAGUAUUUUGUAAAAAGAAAAAAAAAAAAAAAAAUGAAAUGCAUAGAAGCGCGAGGAGCUGAUAAAUGGACGCAAUGGCAAAGCGGUCCAAAGAGAAAAAUUAUCGCGGAAGUGAACGUCGAUUGUGUACGUAAAGAGGUCGCUGCGUAUGAUUCAGACGUUUGUUCCGCGGCCGAACGUAUCGAUUAACUCUUUCGUAAUAAGUUUUCUUUACCGAAAAAUAGCGAUAACGGUUAUUAUUAAUGUAAUUGUAAUUUUACGUUAUCUAUAGGACUAGGUUUUUACCGGUCGUAACACACGAGUAACGUUUCAUGUCCGAGGAGAAAACAUUCGUCGCCGUGGUGUAUGCGUAUUUACGAAUCACGGAAUUCGACGAUACGGCGUACGCCUGAUCCCGUGUCGCUGACUUUAUUAAUUCGGUCAAUCUUUUCGUUGUUUCGUCUUCUUUUUUUCGGUCAUCGUGUUUUUAUUUCUUUUUUUAAUUAUUUUUCUCUGUCUCUCGUUUACUGAUGGAGAAAGGGCCCUACGGGAAGAGCAAACGAAACUGAAAUGAAAUCAAGAAGAAAUAGACGCGAUGUAUGUACAUAUUGCUCGAAUCUCUGGGUCGGUGUCGCACCGGGAACCACUCCGCGAAUAAGACAAUUUCCUAAAGAAAAAGACACAAAUUACGCUACACGCAACGAUUGCCUUAGGUCUAUCGCCGUAAACCGCUUCUGCGCGAAUCGUACCUGCCUACCGAAGUGCACCGACGCACGGAUGAACCGAAAGGGCCCUUGGAAGUGUCGGCCAAGCGAACGGAGAACGCGUUUAAUGUGAAAAUCAUAGCCGCUUCGUCCAAGAAAAACAAAAAGAAAAAAAAAAAAAACGGCAGAAACCCGUUUAUACUUGUCGGGCUUUAUAAAUGAUGUAUAUCUAUUUUGCGAAAGGCAUUUCCGAGCGUUUUUCCCCUCUUUUUCUUCCCCUUUUUUUACGUUUUAGGAUGCGAUAAUUAACGCGCGAGAUAGCACGAUUCGUACGAUGAUGCGAUUAAUCUAUUAACUAUUCUUAAAUGUUAAUCUCUGUUUUCGCUUUACUUGAAGGUUCUGUAUCGUCGCUACUAAUUGCAGUGGAAAAAAAAUAUACGCAAACGCACACGCAUUUGACACCAAAAAAAAAAA